AUGUCAUUCAGAAAAAGAGGGGAGGUUUUGAGGACUCCUGAUGCUAGAAGAUUCCCAAUUAACUCUACUGCUUCCCAGAGGCUCCCUGGGAAUAGUAAUGUUUCGCAAUUGGCUGGCAGAAUGGGUAAUGUAUCCAUUCAAGAUGUGUCAAAUGUUAGGACUGCCACGGCUAAUGCCAAAGCCUCUCAACUUGAUGCCCGCCAUCCAGGCGUUAGACCCUCUCCGGCAACCUCGCAGCCUUCAACUGCUACUGGGUGUCAAGAUUUAGAUAAAGUUUUGGGUCAUAUGGGAUUGCCUCUGGGACAAUCGCUUCUGGUGGAGGAACAAAGCGCUACGGAUUUCUCGUCGGUGCUCGUGAAAACUUUUGCAGCUCAGGGCAUCAUUCACAACCGCACAGAAGGCUCCAAUUCAGUGGGAAAAGGCAACACGCAUCUGGUGGUGCUGACUAUAAAUCCAUUCUUUGCCAAAGAAUUACCUGGAGUAUACCAGGGCUCGAAAAAGGACGUGAAGCGCUCCAAAGUUUCAAACGCCGAAUCUGAGGUCACAGUGCAAAAUAUGCUUGGUUCAGGGACCACAGUGGGCAAGCCAAUCCCAGCUCCUGCCAAAGACUUGAAAAUCGCCUGGAGAUACGGUUUGAAUGACGGUGAUCAAAACAAGACGCUUGCCAAAAGCUCUGAUACAGACCUUGCGACAUAUCCCAACUAUUCACACACGUUUGAUAUCACUUCGCGUCUUGUGCCGGCGCCCACAUCUGCAGAACUAACUUUAAUAUCGCCCAUACAGCCUCUUCCUGCUAUCUUAGCGCAGCUCCAGGCUGUCUUCCGAAAGCACCAGAAUAAGCUGGUACGGAUUCUGCUGCCCAAUCUCUUGCAUCCGGUCGCUUAUCCACCCAAAUACUCAAAACUUUCGGAACUUGUACCUUUUUUGCACGGAAUCAGAUCUGUGGUCAAACAAAACGCUGAUCGCGCUGUUCUACUAGCCUCCAUUUCCUCUGAUCUCCAUUCUCACAGCGUACUUACCAUGAUUGAGUACCUUUUCGACUCAGCGAUAAACCUUGAACCUUUCCCGCAAGAAAUGGCCCAAUAUUUGGAGCGAGUCUACAAAUCCCAACCUAACAAAAUCCAACAUGGGCUGCUACAUGUACUUAAACUGCCUCUCUUGAGUGAAAGGGGGGAAAUGCACGUCCAGAGGUCGGAUUACGCUUUCAAGAAUGGCAAGAAGAAGUUCGAGAUCGAACCUUGGGGAAUCCCAGUCGAUGAUUCGGAGGUACAGGACUCCAAAAACACUGCUGAAACGCCCGAAGUCCACAGCCACCAAACCAACGUGAAUCUCGACUUUUGA